CUUACGGGAUCUAACACAUUGACAGACCGCUAUUUCUAGUUCAUUGAAUCUGUAGGGCGUAGAACAUGAGCGUCUCUAGGAAAGGUCCAGAUGGAGACAACCCAAACCUUUCAAACGAGGAUGUGAAUACUUUGUCAUCAUCAUCAACAUCAAUUCCAAAAUCAUUACACGGUCCACGAUUAUGGCGAUCACCAGCCUCACUACGUUCACCCUUAAGUUCUAGGCUAACGACACGCAAAGACGACACGAACGGCAGCAGUUGUGAGAUCUCUACAGCAACCAGCAGUACAGACAGAGAAGAUAGCAAAUGUGCUCAUGAUCAUAUGAUAGAAACAGAAAAGGAAAGAAAGGAAGAGAACAGUCUAAAAAAUGACUCUGCAUCUGUGAUUGUUGAGGAAUUUCCUAACGUGGGAUGUGAUGAAUCAUCAGAAAUAGGACUAAACGCACACUCAUUUCUUGCUGACUCAGCUGACUUAGGAAAUGUGGUUGAUGAAGAUCGGCCGAGUUCAGCAUCUGAUGUGGAGGAUGUUCCAUUGGCAACAGUGGAGACUGCUUCCGCUGAUUAUGAUAUUCCAUUUCCUCCUCCACCACCUCCUUCUUUAGAACUCUUGUCUAGUUGGAGUGAAGAUAACAAGGAGAGUGCAGAUGAGAGUAUAGCCACGGGUUUCUUGUCAUCUCAGUCGGUUCCAUCACAGGCUCUGACAUCCACUUCAGGAGAUUUAUCAAGGAGUGGUUUGUUAGCAGCUAUUCGUGACGGAGUGGCACUACGGCAAGUUCCCCAAGAAGUUAAGGAUAGGCCAGCAGAGCCAGGAAAAGUGAAAGUAGUAGAUGUGCAAUCUGAACUACGGGAAAAAUUUAUGAAGAGAAGAAAGGAGCAGGCUGAGGUUAUGAAGUCUGAGAUUGACCAACAUCAAGACAGGAUAGAGCAAGUCAAACAAUGGGUUCUUGAGGCACAGUAUAAUAACUCAUCACUAAAGAGGUUGCAGAUGCUACUGGAAGAAGUGAAACAAGUGCAGGCACUAGUUAAGGUUUCACCUGAUCUCAUGAAGCUGAGAACAAGUUGGCCAUCUGAACUGGUUGAUAGCAUUGCUAUCAUCGUUGACUUUCUCAAUGCAUUUCAACAGCAAGUUGUGAGACUGGAGCGACUAUGCUCUACUGCAUUAGCUUCCAUUGAAAGUGCUGAUGCUGGAGCAGUUCCAGUCAACACAGAUGCUGUGUGGACUGUUGUAAAGGGAAUUGUCUUGAAUGUGAAGGCUAUGCAAGAUGGAGGCUCUAGAUAUGCUCGAGCUGCCAUGGAGUUUACUGUUAGCAGCAGUGAUGUUGGUGAUCUCAUUAGAAGAGCAGCAGAUGCCACAUUGUCUCUUCUAAAUGUGAUGUUUCCAAGGGCUCUACAGUCUGUUGAGUCUGUGUAUGAGCCUGGCUUAACAAAGUAUGAUCAGACAUUCAGAGCGUGCAAUUCUCGUCGUCUUCUUGGGGUUUGCUGUCAGCUAAAUGAUAAUGCAGUGACUUUUCUGAAUUCCUCAAAACAUGCUCUUUAUUCAGAUGCACAGCUGAAAAUUAAGGAUUUAGAAGACAGUCACUCUCAAGCUUUCAAUAUUUCUCAUCGAAGUGGUGAUUGGGAUACUGCAGAGGACGUGAAGCUGCGUCCUUCUGCAGAAUCUCGCUCAUUGUCUUUGAAGCGGAUGUCAGGUGGAACACUCAGAAAUAUUGUGGAGAUUGUAAAAGCGGGAAAUGCAGAACAUGUUUUUGAGUCACUUCAAGCAUGCAGUAGCGUUCAGUCUUAUCAAGGAAUUGAAAAAGAGCUACUAACAACUGCUGUCGCUACAGGCAAUUGUCAGGUUAUUGAUGCAAUAAUGCAUCAUCGUGAGAAGCUUUCUGUAGAACCUAUGACCAGUGGUCGACAAUUUGAUGUCAUUCAUGAGGCUAUUGUUAAGGGCAAGUUAGACUGCAUUUCACACUUGGUGCAGCAUCAUGGCUGGAGUGUCAACUGUAGAAGUACGGAGGCAGGCAAUACACCAUUACAUAUUGCUGCUCGUCGACCAGAUUAUGUCAGCUUGGCUUUAUUAAUUCGUCUUGGUGCUGAUGUACUGAUGAUGAACCAUGCAGGAAGAAAUGUUCUUCAGCUUUUGGCUGUCAAAGAGUUUCCUCAAGUGUCUUAUACCAAAUUGCCAGAGAUGACAAGAGAUUCUCACCUGAACUUGCUUUUGUACAUUAACAAUCCUUCUUUGAGUGACGUUGUAUUGGUUUCUGAAGAGGAUGGAGAAAUGCGGGACAAAUUCUUUGCUCAUCGUGUUAUCUUGUGUGCUCAAAGUGAGGUGUUCAAAGCAAUGAUGGAGAGUCAACAUUGGUCUGGUGCAAAUGAGAAUGAGAUUGUGUUGGCAGAUGUGCGACCAGCAGUAUUGUCAGCCUUGUUACAGUACCUCUACACUGGAUCGUGUCUGUUUCCUAGAGAUGAUCUAAAUCUUGCUAUUGACUUGAUGUCUGCUGCAGAUCGCUAUCUCUUGUUUCCUAUGAAAUUACAGUGUGAAGCAGUGCUAGCAGACAGGAUUGAUAGUGAGAUUGUUGUACCUCUAUAUAGUGCAGCUUUCAGAUUCAAUGCACAUACUUUACUUGGCAACUGUUGCCACUUUCUGUUGGAGAAUUACGAAGAUAUUGAUGAUCCGGGUCAUGCCACCCUGGUUCACAUGCUAGAGAACAGUAGGUCAAAGCAUUCUCAAAGCAGAACACAACCUCACAAGCUUUCUAUACCUUGACGAGUAUGAGAUUGGAUAGAAUUUUUUGUUUAAUUAACUUCAAUUUUUAGACGUUUUGACUGCCAUUAUUUAGAGAAAUUUAUGGUGCAGGUAUCUGUUUUAUGUUUGCUUGCACUUGGGCUUUGAUUUAGAAAUUUUUGCUGGUGAUUUAGUAGACAAUUACAAGUCACCGGCACAGAUUCUUGGUAACGCUAACU